GUAGUCAUAUUUUGAUUGUCACCGGUUGUAGAUGUAAGGGAGGUAACUGUAAAACCUUAACAAUGACGUUCCACAUUUUUGAGGAUUAAAGAUUAAAGAUAAAGAAGAAAGAAGACAACUUCAGGCAAGUGGCUUUACGAAGUUGCAACUAAUAUUUCUCUCUGUGGAUUCUGUAAGUUUUGCCAUCGACCAAGGCACAUUUAUACGUAAGUACACAUGAUACAACUUGUUUAAUACACACCCACGCACAUGUGCUGUGGCCCACACAACACAUGGGUGUCCUAGUUUGAAAUAUUAUUUUCAAACAUUGAUAUCUAUAACUGGUAAGACAGGAACCAGGAGUUAUUCCAUAAAUGGCAGCAAGUGUUCUCCGUUAUUGGAAGGAAUCUGCGACCCUUAUCAUUGUCAGGCGGCUCCAACCGAAACAAUGUUACAAAGAGGUGGUCGCGGUGCCACCACCUCAAGAAAACACCCCACAACGGCCCGAGACGAAUUACCAAGUGUUUAUGGCAGAGAGGACCCCUCAGAUGUCCAGCUUCCCAAAAGCUCACGUAUUUCCAGGUGGAGCGGCCGAAGAGGCGGAUUUCUCUGCCCAGUGGUUGGAUGUGUUGAGCAUGGGUUCCCGUAAACCAGGUGAAGAGCAAACACCCGAAGGUCAAAUGGUAAAUUUAUUUAAGAACAAUCGGAGAAAAAAUGGUGUUGGUGAUGAUAAGUGUAGUAAGAAUAACUCAGGGACCCCGAUGUACCGGAGACCGAGGUUGCCAGAGUUUAGUGCAAUACCCAGCGAAGUGGCCUUCCGUAUCACAGCUAUUAGAGAGAUAUUCGAAGAAAUCGGUGUCUUGUUUGCACGAAAAGCUGAAGAAAAUAAAACAGACGAAGACAAAAAUGAAUCUUUAAUGCAAAACCACGACACAAGAAAUGGACAACCAUUAAGAAGGCGGUGUAUACCGAAAAUAUGUCAUCUUCCACUUGAUUUGUCGGAAUUCUGGAGACAAAGUGUUGUGGAGGACCCAGAAAAUUUGUUAUCCAUGUGUAAACAAUUGAAGCUAGUUCCCGACAUAACAGCUCUGUCCGAAUGGGCCAACUGGUUGACACCAACCCACUUCUCUGGUAAACGGUUUGACACAAUGUUUUAUAUAACAUUUCUUGAUGAACACCAAAAUCCAAACAUACGCUUAGAUGGCAUGGAAUACGUCGACUACAAGGUUAGUGGAAAAUUCGGCACUGUCAUGGUAUUAGCUGUCAGAAUUGAAAGUAGAACUGACAAGGAACGUUACUGCUGGUUUGAGUUGAUUCUUUGGCUACUGACAGCUAAUAUCAUGACUGGCCGGAGCUAUCUAUCUAUCUGUCUGUCUAUCUCACUAUCUCUCUCUAUAUCUAUCUAUCUAUCUAUCUAUCUAUCUAUCUAUCACUCGUUCACCUCUGUUUGUGUCCGUAGAAUUUAUCAAAUUAGAAAACGCAAAUUUAAUAUAAAAAUAUAUUUUCUGAAAUUGCAAAUUACAAUGUUUUAUAUAACAUUUCUUGAUGAACACCAAAAUCCAAACAUACGCUUAGAUGGCAUGGAAUACGUCGACUACAAGUGGUUAUCGCCAAUAGAAUUUGUAUCACAAGCCAUAUCUCAGAAACUUAAUAUUUUCCCUCCACAAUUAUGGGAGCUCUACCACCUGAACUCCAGAUGGGAAGACCUUCACAAUUCGGUCACCUUGAAUCCCUAUUCACAACCCAUGAGAUUCUUACCUGUGAGAAUCAAAUGCAAAGAUGGUGUAUUGGUUCUUUUACCAGGUGACUACCUCUACCCUGAAAAGCCAAACGAGGAAAAGUGUGAAGAAUUGUUUUUACCUUUCACCAAGAAUGAGAUGCGUUCAUCUGGUAAAUUUCUGAAUCAUCUUGAUCCGCAAGAGAGAAAGAUUUAUCGAACCGUUCCGCUAUCCCUAGUAGGGCACACAGAGUGCCUCACAAGUCGUUUAUAGAAUUUAAAGAAUGGUAAAUAUAAUGGUGUGAAUUUAAAUUGUCCUUACAAGGGAUUGGGGAUAGGGUUUUGUUUUUACAGAAUUUUCAGGGCAAUUUUUGUUUUUUAAUUUAAAAUAGAGAUUUGUGCAACCUCAUAAAAUGUAUCUCUUCAACAGAGAAAAGAAAUGAAAAUCUUUUACACUGACAGUUUGACAUUUUUUUGUGAAAUGGAUAGAAUUAUUUUUGUUAAUAGAUUUGAUAAAAUGAAUUUAUUUUUU